AUGAAAAGACAAGACGCUUGUAUGGACGAUGACGAUAGAUUAAAAGAAAGACGUAGAUUAAGAGAGGAACGAAGAAAGAGAGAGGAAGAAGAGGAGCAAAAGAUAGAAGAGGAACGAAAAAAGAAAGAAGAUGAAAGAGCAUCGCGAAAGGAGUUGCGUGCAAAGGAACGUGCCGAACGUGAAGAAAAGCAAAAGAAAGAGUUGGAAGACUACAUUAAAAAGGCAGAGGAUGAGAGAAAAGCACGUAGAGAGGAACGUGAGAGAAAGCGCAAGGAGGAAGACGACCGUGCCAAAGAGGAAGAGGAUCGUCGUCGCAAACAACAAGAAGAACGUGAUCGCAAACGUAAAGAAGAAGACGAAGAAAAGAAACGUCGCCAAAAAGAGGUUGAAGAAGCCAAGAAAAAGAUUGCCAAGGAGCUAGAAGACGACAGCAGCGGAUCCGAUGUCGACUCGCAUAUUGAUUCGGUGUUGUCCAUUAAGAUGCGUCGUAUCCAGUCGCGUCAAGCAGUUGAGAAUAUAUUGGCAUCGGUCGAUCCCGCCAACAACCAGGUUCAAGUCAAUACGGGUGCGUCGAUUGUCGGCAUGCUCUUUACCGACGAGCUAAAGGACGAUAUUAUCGACCUCAUCUCGACGGGAUUCCGUGCAUUGUCUGAUUACCUCGUGCAACCCGAGACCAUCUACACGUUGAUGCAGGUGGCCGUAGACGUCAACAUUGGUCACGCCGUCUAUGCCGGACGUCCACAGCUGAUUGCUGGAACGGCGUCGGUCGAGCUCAAAAACAUGUAUGCUCGCAUGACAGGUGCCUACGAGAUCCUCAAAGGUGCCAUCAGCGCCAUUUUCAAGAUCGUAGCCGACCCCUCCAACUCGUUUAUCCUCGACAUGCUCUUUACACUGCUCGAUAGUCCCGCUCCCCUCCCCACAUCGAAUCUACAUGUCUUUAUCGAACUCCUCGUUACCUAUUUGACAAAGCGUCCAGAGACUAUGAACUAUGUCAAUGAAAACAAAGAUACUAUCUUGCAAGGACUAGUUCAACAUCUCUAUUCAUCCGAAAUGAUUGACUUGCUCAUUAAAAUGACCGAACUUGAAAUGAUACAAAUUGGUGGUGGUGGAACUGGUAGUUCUCCUUCCUUUUUCUCUAUCUUUUCAUCAUCCUCCUCAUCCUCUUCGUCUUCUUCGUCAUCAUCAACCAAUUCAAACAAGGAAAAAGCAAGUUGGACAAAUGAUCUUACACCAUACCUUAUUUUACGUCUAAACGAGAUACUUAAUCCAGACUCUCAGAGUGAUUCAUUAGAGUUGGAGAUGGAUAAUAUCAACCGUCUCAUCACCGAGAUUGUUCGUAAAUACCCAAGAUCCAAGAUUGCACAUCAUUUCCUCGGUCAAUCAUUCUCCAACUGUGUACUCAAGAAUGUAUUCCGUGUUAUUUUGGCCAACAACUUUUCAUACACUCCAUCGGUUUCAAUCCUCAACCUAUUAUCAACAUUGGUUGAUUUCUCAAAUGCUCAACAACAACCAGCACCACCAGGAGGAAAAGAUAAAGAAAAAGAAAAGGAAAAAGAACCAAAAGAACAAGAACUGCCACCAGUGGUUAAUUUAUUGUUCCGUCCAAUUGUCCAAUUGGUAGACGAACGAGAAAUGACACCAAUCCAAGCAAUCAACGAAGUAAUGGAGAUUGAAGACUAUACAAAAUCACUUGGUAUUGUUAGAUUGAGAUGUUUGCAUUUGAUCAAUAUCUUGGUCAAGGCAAACGUUCAAAAAUUGGACAAGACACUUUGGGAAACUGGCAUUGUAAAGAAAUGUGUAAACAUGUUUUUUGAAUACGAAUCAAACAACAUUAUUCACUGUACAGUAGAGUCUAUCCUCACCCCUCUUAUUCAACGUAGUAUGGGUUCAGACGAUGAGGAAUUUAUGUAUCAUCUCUUAAAGGAUUGCUCUUUUGUCACUCGUGUCGUUGAUAUAUUAAAUGAUCAACAUAUUAAACCUGCCUAUCUUCAAGUUCAAUCUCCUACUAUAUCCUCAACUACAACAACAACUACAACACCAGCAGUAUCAACAUUAAAUGGAAAUAAUAGUUUAAAGAUUACAAAUUCUACAAAUUUGGAAGACGAUUCAAAGAAACCAAAAUUGAGAAGAAAGGUAUCAUUUGCAGAGGAUAUAUCUGAAGAUAAAUCAAGUUUACAAUCUUUAAUGUCGGUAUUUAAUAAUCCAACUGCAGUAGCAGCAGCAGCAGCAGCCGUCUCUCCAAAAGAAGAAGACUUGACUUCAAGUACUGGUUCUGAUACUUCAAGUAAUGGAUCUGAUUUAUCAUCAAGUUCAGGUUCUGAUUUGUCUUUAUCAUCAAAUUCAACUGUUGUAGUCCCAACUCCAACUAUAGCUACAACUCCGACUCCAACUAUAGUUGAAACAACAACAACAAAAGAAGAUAAAAAGAAGAGUAGUAAAGAAAAGGAAAAAGAAAAGGAAAAGGAAAAGAAAAGUAGUUCUUCUUCUUCUUCCUCAUCAUCUAGUAAAAAGAAAGAAAAGGAUGGUGCAGAGGGAGAUUCAGAAAAGGAUCAAAAGAAAAAGGAAAAAGAAGAUAAAAGAAAGGAAAAGGAAGAUAGAAGAAAGAGAAGAGAGGAACGUCGUGCCAAAAAGGCAUCCAAAGAGGCAGCAAAGGAAAAGGAAAAAGAAAAAGCAAACGGCUCUUCCUCUUCCUCAUCAUCAUCUGACAAGAAAAAGAGAAAGAGCAAGAGUAGCAAGGAAAGUGAUAGUACUCCAAAUACUAGUAGCAAUUCUAGUAGUACAACUAGCUCACCACCUGCUUCUGGUGCUACUUCUCCUGCCAUCCCAACACCAUCCUCUUCUACCUCUACCUCUACUACCACAACUACCACCACUACCACCAUCUCAACUGACAAAAUAGUUGCAGAAUCACCAUCAACAAUGAGUGUAGCAGUUAGUGAUUUGGUCUCAUCAAACAAUUCCGUUGGUAAUGGUCUUGCGGGAUCUGGUUCGUCCAUUAAUACCACUCUAGACGAUGAUCUUUCAUCACUCGACGCAUCCAAGCUUUCUUUGACCGACUUUGUUUCCAACGAUUUCGAAGGAGAUUCUAUAUUAAAUUCACUUUCACACCUCUCAUCAUCAUCAUCAUCAUCAUCAACGGUCGAUGUUACAACAAAGAUGGAUGAAGAUAAUAAUUGUAACAAUAAUAAUAGUAAUAAUAAUGAUAAUAGUAAUAAUAAUAAUAAUAAUAAUGAUAAUGAUAGUAAUAAUAAUAUUAAUCAAGAAACUCAAAAAGAAAAUGUAGAUAGUAAAAAAGAACAAGAAGAAAAAGAAAAAAUUAAUAAUAUUGAUAGUAAUGGAAUGACGAUGGAAAUUGACAAAAAACCAAAGAUAUAUCAAAAUGUUGGACAUAUUAUAUCACUUUGUAUUGAAAUUACACAUAUUGUCAACAAGAGUAAAAAUCAAUUCCUACGUGAUGUGGUAGAUGAUUGUUGCGAAGAUCUAUGGGACGAUGUUGUUGUUCCAAAGUUACGAAAGGAAAUUUCAUAUCGUACCGCCAAACCAAUUGGUACUGUCUCUAUGCGUAAGGGUAAAGGAAAGAAUAUCAAAUUCAAUCUUGUUGAAUCUCAACCAGUCACUAGUUUUGGUGUUCCAAUCGCUCCAACCGAAACAACCAACAAAUAUUUCUUUUAG